AUCGCCCUCACCCUCACCGCCCACUACUUCACACACACACACAUACACCCGGCGCCAAGGGCCGACACGGACAACAGCAACAGCGACGGACAGGCCCGCGGCCGCCCUCCAUACCUCCGCCUGACCACCGGCCCGCUCCCUGGCAACCGCCCGGCUCCCUAGCAACCGCCGGCGGGCCGCGGCUCGCGCUGCUGCUGCUGCUCCUUCUGCAGCCGGGCAGUGCGUGCGUGCAACCCCCACACACACACACACACACUCUGCAUCUCUCUCUCUCUCUAUAUAUAUAUAUAUGCAUCCCCUUUAAAGCAGCGAACCACCACCACCACCAGCAGCAGUCAGCAUGUUGUCCGUGAGGAUUGUCACCGCCGAUUACUACAUGUGCAACCCGCUGCCCGGGCUGGAUGUUUGCUACUCGGAGUUCAGGCAGGCCGGGGUGAGCAGGGUGCCCGUGGUCCGGAUCUUCGGGCCGACACCUGCAGGUCAGAAGACUUGCCUCCAUUUGCACGGCACGUUUCCAUACCUGUAUGUUCCAUACGAUGGCUUUGGACAACAACCUGAACGGCAUCUUCGUCAGCUGGCUUUCAGUAUUGACCGAGCUCUUAAUGUAUCUCUGGGCAAUCCUUCUUCCAGCAUCCAGCAUGUAUUCAGGGUGUCACUUGUAUCUGGCACACCUUUCUACGGUUUUCAUGAGAAAGAAGAGCAGUUCAUGAAGAUUUACCUGUACAAUCCCAUGAUGGUUAAAAGAGUGUGUGAGUUAUUGCAAGGAGGAGCUGUGAUGAAUAGAUCCUACCAGCCAUAUGAAGCUCAUUUACCCUAUCUCCUGCAACUAUUCAUUGACCACAAUCUGUACGGGAUGAACCUUAUCCACCUUGCUGCAGUGAAGUUCAGAAAAAACAGAAGGAAAAGUGACCACCAGGAACAAGGCUCUCCUGAAACCCCCCUUUCAGAAGUGUGUAAUGCAGGAAGCAAAGAGAGUGGCAAGUCAUGGAAAAGCCCAUUGUCGGCCAAGUCUAAAGGAUCACCGACACAAACAGAGAAGUCCUUUAGUUGCUCCUUUGUACGCUGGGAGGAAGAGGACAUACCGAGCUCCCUGGUGCUGGAGGGUGUUGAUCGACAGAGCACCUGCGAACUGGAAGUGGAUGCCGUUGCAGCUGACAUCUUAAAUCGCUUUGAAAUCGAAGCUCAGGUUGGCAGAAACCCUGGGUUGCAGGCCAUAUGGGAUGAUGAGCAGCAGCGACGUCGUGAAAACAACAUGCCCUCGCAGAUCGAAUCAUCCAAUUCACCGGAUCGUGGAUCUGUACAUGUAACAGAGAGCGAAAGGAUCUUCCAACGUAGAAUAAAGGAUAUUUUACAACAGAAUAACUAUUCUGUGUAUUUGUCGCAGUCUAUGGAAAGUGAAGAAUUUGAAACGCUCCCUUCAAACUUGACCUUGCAUACGGAUGCAUUAUCACCUGAAGCCAUGUACUGUACACCUGCCAACUUGGUCGAGAUACACAACGAUAAGCAAGGAGUGAGCCAAGGAGACGCAGAGACUGAAGAAGCCAUCGUUGAUGAAGAAACUAUUCUAAAUAUAAUGGACAACAGCCAGACAUUCCAUCCCUCCUCGCAGAGGUUGAUUCAGAAUCCAAUUCUCAAUACCAGUCAGGACCAGGCAAUGGUUCACCUGUUAGCUGGGCUGGAGGACGAUGAGUAUGGCAUUGCCAGAGCCCAGUUUGUGUCGGGUAAGUCGUCACAGCCGCAAUCUUCAGGAAACCACAGCUGCCAGCAGAACAGCGACGAUGAAGAAAAUGAACCGGAAGUUCAGAAAGAAGAGUUGGAACUUAGUUUAAUCAUGUCUCAGCGAUGGGAUGGCGAUCUUCUGGAUAGUGUUAGGAAAAUGAGAUUUUCAGAAAAGAAUGCAAGUGACUGCUCGUCAGAGGAAGAUAAUGCGUUCUCUGAUGGUCAGAUAGGAAAUGGGAACAUGAUGGCUAAUCUUUCUAUUCCUCAGCUUGAUGGAGCAGCAGAUGAGAACACUGAUAAUACUUUAGGCGAAAAUGGUUCAAGAAGUCACUCGACGCUAGCAGUUCGAGACAAAGUGCUGACCAAGACAACUUUUCACAAAGAGCCUGUGAUGCUCGAGCUGCCGUCGUCUGAUCACGCUGGGCUACAGUGCAAUCGCGCGGGCACCACACUUCAUACACUGGACGGCAUGAACUCCACAGACUUGCCCUCGUACCAGAAUGCGUUCAUCAAAGCCAAGAAGCCAGAGCACUCUGUCUCCAACUUCUCUAACGAGGCCGGUUACGAUUUGAGGUACAGCGGAUGCGGCGAGGACAAUGUGAAGUUUGUGGACCCUGACAUGGUGGCUAGAUCUCUGGAUGCCGCCUGUGAAAGCAAACAUGCGAGCAGUGACUACGAGAAUCAGGUGUCGCCUCAAACUGAUCGACUGCAGAGAGUGAAACGGUUUUUGAGCAUCAACUGCGAAAAUAACUCAUCGUCUGGUCACCGGAGAAGCCCAACGAGCGAAGGAGAAUUCCACACCAAUCCAAAUCUCAGUUCCUUAGUCGGAAGGAUGGCUAAUAAAGUUCCACUCGCCUUCAAUAAAAAAGAAAACAGCCUGUACGAUAAACCGCUGAUGCCCCUAAUAGGUAUGAAAAAUGGGGUUCAGCUUUUUGAGCAACACAAGAACUCCUCCACGGAUGUUGGACCUAGCAUGGAACAGAACCUUAAGAUCAGAUACGAAGACUUUCAGGCAACUCAAAGGGAGAAAACGGUUAUUGAUCAGCACGAGACACAGUACACAUUUUUUCCCAGUGUGGUGCUUCCCAAUUGUCUGAAGUGCCCAGAAAAGGUCUUCAAGAAGCUGAAAUUAAACAGAAGGAAAUCAAAUGGGUCCCAAGUGACCCGGAAGUCUGCCGUACCAAAGAUAAGUGCCCGAUCUGCUGAGUGUUCUCAUGGCACUGGCUCGAUGCAAAACACAGGGCCACAGGAGCACAAGUCUGUUCCGUCUAAAGACGCUGUGCUGCCAGGAGCAUCCCCCAGCUUUACUGUGGCAAGGUCUUCACAAAAUGGACUAGAGGGUCAGUCAUUCAAACUAGCGUGCAGUAAGUACACUCUCCGGACCAAGCGGAAAGUGAGCUACGAGGCGGAAGACGGUGAACUUGCUCAAGGCUCGGAGAUGUUAAAGGCAGGUCCGGCUCGGCCAGAGUGUUUGAAAGUUGGUGACAAUGGGGCGGAACAGUCUCAGCAAACGCGCAAAAGGAGGAGGCUUAAUAAGGAGCCCCCCGUGAUAAUAAAAUACAUUAUCAUUAACCGGUUCAAAGGGAGGAAAAACAUGUUGGUGAAGAUAGCGAAAGUGGACUCGAAGGAAGACCACGUGGUGCUCAAUGAUGACAAACUGCAGCGGUACCAGAAGCUUUCCCCACUAAAAGACUGGUGGCCCAAGAUCACCGAGCCUGCUCUUGUUCGCAAACCUUUGACCGCACCGACACCAAAGAGAGGAAAGAAACCAAAAGUUCUAGUGAGCUUAAAGAAACGAGCGGGAAGGUUCAAAAAAUUGCCGAGGAAAGAAAAGCUGAGAGCCGCCGGGCAAAGUCAAGUAAGGACAAAGAAGAUAGAAUUUGCCCCCCUCUCUCCUCCGUCACCUUGCUACAGUGCUGAGGCUGAUGACUGUUCAACGGAAUAUAAAGACGUCAUGUCUAAGCUUGGAUUUAUGUCGGAGAGAACGCCAAGUCCUUCUAAACCAUCUCCACCUCGAUGUUGGUCACCGAGUGAGAUGCAGGAGGACGGAAUGCCGGCCUUUGCCUCCAUGGAAGAAGACGACGCACUGGUGAGAGACUGCGAUCCUUGUGCUCUAAGGAUUUCUGGUGAGAAAUGUCCGGCACGAGGUAGCAGAAGCGGCGACAGUAAGCAAUGUUUGAAAUCCAGGAAAAAGUCGCCCUGCGCUGCUAACUGUGCAGCGGCUAAAAAGACCAAGGGACCCCAGAAAACCAAGCAGGUGGCGAGCGGCGGAAAAGCCGAACAGAAGGGGAAACACCGCAAAAAAGCCAGGAAAAGAUGGACUCGGAAACAGAAAAGCAAAAUUUCACCCUCUGGCGACAAGCAAGACGCAGUGCAAAGCUCGGAAGGCCAUGAGCAACAAGGAAGUUGUGAACUGAUCAAUGGUGAACUGAACUCGUCUUCCACAGAGAAAGUUGGAAGCGGGUUUUGUAAAAAUGUUGAUGAUGUACUUGUAGAACCUUGCAAAUCUGACAAACAACCCGGUAUUCCCCUCAGCAUCUGCUCAACUGGGCAUCUUCCCUCAACGCAGCCAUACUCUGAAGAUGUUCAAGGAGAGUCCGGUGGUUACUAUUGCUCUUUGCUGGAGACCGAUGAAAAUGCGGACUUGCCCGCGUUUACCUACCCACCAGUCGAGACUGUCUCAGAUGCGUUAUCUCAAUUAGCAACGCCUCCUCAAUCCCAGAUGCAUUUCAGCCUCGGUAAAUCUAGUCCACACCCUGAUCCCAUCUACGUGUUGGAGAACAAAGCUCAAAUGAAAGAGAACUUUAGGUUACCGAUGGACACUAACGUGGCGUCGCAAGCAGAAUUCGCCCUGUCUCAAAGUGAGCAUUGCUUCGGUCACCUAACGGGGGCUUCUGCCGUUCCCUCGUCCCAGCCUGUGCAGUAUUCCCAUCUGCCAGUCCCUUCUGCCGUGGACGUGUGCGGGCUUCAGAGAAACAAACUAUCACAACAGAUGUCACAAGCUAUUAGCCACAUGCAAACCGCUGGCCAACCUGGUUGUCACAUGAAGGAAACUCAAAAUGGAGGCCGCCUGCACAUGUACGGGCCUGAACAUACGUCGGCGUUAGCCCAGUCAGGGCUUGUGGCCGAUGGUAAAGCGAACCAUCUAUCUCAAUACGUCCCGCAAUCCAAACCAUAUCAGCAGCCCAAACCCACACUCCCUCUGCCCGACACAAGUCAACACCCCACGGAUCCGUCUGUCAACAAUGCUGCCGGCUUAGCCGCCAGGGUGUCACUGGUAGGAAAUGGAAAGGAUGGCCCAUGUCUUAAUUACACUCCGGGUAACUACAAUAGAUUCUCAAAAAAGGUUUUCGAACGGGAGCAAGAAACCAGCAACAUACUGGACAUAUCCGACUUCACCCCUCCUCGAAUAAAACAGAAGUCCGUGUCGGAAACUUUUCUGGAGACCAACAUCGUGCCGCCGUCUCAAAGAUGCGAACAAAGUGUGGCGACGGAUGGGCAGACGCCAAUGAGUAAUGGCCAGUCCAGUCUCGUUGUGUUGAGGGAGAUGCUGCAGAAACGGCAACAAAAAGCACAGCAAGCCAGCGUUCAAAGCCCUGUAGCAAAACCGCAGUUUCAUAGAGAUAUCUCCCGGACAAAUGAGCAAAACGAGGGCAGUAAAAGCUCUGGCGACUCGGACCUCCCUGGCGGGAUGUCUGCGGCUCAAUCAAAAGCUUCCUGCAAAAAAACAAAAAACUCCAGAAGUGCUAAGCUUGGGCAGAAGAAAGCCAAAGCCACAAAAAGGGAGUUGGCCAAGAAAUCCCAGACCUCUCAAUCCAAAUGUCCUUUCUCUGAUGACAGUCCCGUUUUCCAUUCAGAUGCCGGCUUUGACAGCUGCUACAGUUUUGAUAGUUUGUCGCCCGAACUUCCGCAGUCCUACAAUUUUGACAUCAACACGGUGGGACCGACCAGAUACUGCACCGUCUACUCUGGGUGCCAGUUCAUGCCAGCGGCCGAGCAAAACCUGCCCCAGAAGUUCCUCAGUGACGUCAUUCAAGAGUCCGUUCCUGCCCAGGCCGUCAUAGAGACUUGCGCAAACAAGUGCCAGAGCAGUAAACCCCAGCACCUCGAGCAGGUGAGCCGGCUAACGGACUGCCCCGAGUGGGCCCGGCCGGGCUCAAUGAGCCCAGAUCUCUUCGAGAAGUCCUCGUUGGACAAUGGGGAGAAGCUGAAGCAGUUUAGCACCAGCUCCCACCCGUCGGUUCAGAACGCCCUGUCCAGCUCUUCAGACUCCUCGGGAUCGCAUCUGUCCGGAGUGUCCAUCAUGGACCUCAAGGACCAGUCUCCCAUUCGGUGCCACGACUCGCCGGAGAAUGAUGCUUCGUGCAGCCCUAUCGUGUCGUGCUCCAGCCAGCUGAUGCUGUUGGACGAGGGCAGUGGAAGAGAGGUCUGCCUCUCCGGCCUGUCCACCGGCUCCAGCCCCAACGGGGCGAUGGGGUUUAUCGGCGACGAAGUUGCGCCCAUGAGCUGCGAAGAUCCCGAGCUCUGCGCCUCCAAGUACAGCAACUGCUCCCCAGUAACCUCCCACGGCUCUUCAGCGUCUGUCUGUUCACCACUGCAAGCCAAGAGCAACUGUUACGUCAGUCGCACCACAGGGGCCCACGUCUUGAAGCCUUUAAUGUCACCGCCAAGUCGAGAGGAAAUAAUGGCCACUCUUCUAGAUCAUAAUCUGGCAGAAACCGUGUACCAGGAGCCAUUCUGCAGUGAUCCUUCAGAUGCUCCGACCAAGCCCUGGGAGAUUGGAGGACGCAUUUUGACGGUUGAAACCAGGUUACCAAAUGAGUUGCCGGAAUUUGACGGGGAUUUCUUGCUGGAAGGUCUACAGUUCUGGAAGAUGGCCUUAUCGGCGAUGACCCAAAAUGCCCGGCCAGUCUCCCCCGCCUUCACGGGGAGCAGGCAUUCGGUUGCUCAGAGAGACGGCGUUGGCUCGGGAACUGCCGAAGACUGCAAGAUUAUAAUACUGCCGUGUAAAAGCCCUCCCAGCCUACAGAGGGUGCAGUUGUGGCUCCAGGCAAAACGAGAGUAUGACCAUUCGAGGAGAUGUUCGACAAGCCAGGAGACGGGCGCCAACCGCGAUGGGUGCUUGCCGCCUUCGCCGGCCGAGCAGGCUUCCUCGUCGGAGCGAGUGGCUGCACCGGCGUCUGCAGCUCCUGCUGAAGAACAGACGGCAGAGGACAGCCACGACACCGACCCCUCUCCCGAACCAUCGCCCCUCAAAACCCCGGAGCACGGCAACGCCAAGCAGAGGUCUCCCAGCCAAGCGGCCAAGGUGGCAGAGCUGCUCGAAGACGAGGACGAUUACUACGGUGCGUACAGUUCUCCUGACUCCCCCCUGACAUCCCCUUGGCAGCAGCCAGCUUCCCCAGACGCAAGGCCGUGGGAGCCAAACGAAGGGAGCAAGCAGCCGACCGAGCCAACGCCAGAGAGCAGUGAGAGGUCUGCAGGUGAUUUACACUCACCCACCCACAGCGGCACUGGCCACAGUGAUGAGCAACUGGACGAUUCACCCCCUCUCUACAACCCAGCUGCUUCCGUCCGACAUAGUACACCCGUGGCACACACAAAGCGUAAAGAUGGGAUUCCCGACGUGCUUUACUGUACUCCCAUACAAAUGGAACCCAGACACCAGAAGAUAAGUCAAAGAAAGGCCAGUCAUUCUGACUCAUUGAGGAGAGUUCUGCUAACAACUCAACUUAAGAAUCAGUUUGCUGUUCAGUCUUCGAAGAAAAUGACAUCCCAGAUUGAAGGGCCAACGUUAAACAACACAUAUGGCUUCAAAGUCAGCCAGCAAAACCUCCAGGAGGCAAAAGCUCUGCAUGAGGUACAGUACCUGGUGCUGAUGAGCAUGGAGCUACACGCUCGCACAAGACGUGAUUUGGAGCCUGACCCCGAGUUUGAUCCGAUUUGUGCCUUAUUCUACUGUAUAUCUUCUGACACCGUGCUUCCAGCAACAAGCAACACUGAGAUUAUUGGUGCUAUAGUCAUUGAUAAAAGUCAUACGCACUCCAGCAGAGGCAUCCCUUCUGAGGUCAGGACACAGGCCCCGCUGCUUGUUCGGUCUGGCGUCACGGGCCUUCAGGUCUCUUACGUGAAUGACGAGAAGGAAUUAUUUCAAGAGCUCGUUGCCAACGUCAGAAGGUACGACCCUGAUAUUUUGUUGGGAUAUGAAGUUCAGAUGCAUUCCUGGAGCUACCUUUUCCAGAGAGCUGCCGCGCUGGAAGUUGAUCUCUUGCACAUGGUCUCCCGUGUUCCAGAUGAAAGUAAAGGAAAUGCUUUUGCCGCAGAAUUGGAUGAGUUUGGUGCGACCGCCAUGUCUGAAAUCAAUAUUGUGGGCCGGAUCGUUCUGAACGUUUGGAGAAUGAUGAGGAGCGAGGUUACCCUCAACAAUUACACUUUUGAGAAUGUGGCCUUUCACGUUCUUCGUCAGCGUUUUCCACUUUUUUCUUUCCGUGUCCUGUCUGACUGGUUCGAUAACAAGACCGACCUAUACAGGUGGAAGAUGAUUGAUCACUAUGUGUGCCGUGUGCGUGGGAAUCUGAAGUUACUGGAGCAGUUGGAUAUGAUCGGAAGGACGAGUGAACUGGCACGGCUCUUUGGCAUCCUAUUCUACCAUGUGCUGACCAGAGGCUCACAGUAUCGUGUGGAGUCGAUGAUGUUGCGUUUUGCCAAACCAUUGAACUACAUCGCAGUCACCCCCAGCGUCAAGCAGCGAGCCCGCAUGAGAGCUCCCCAGUGCAUUCCUCUCGUGAUGGAACCCGAGUCACGCUUCUACAGCAACUCUGUCCUGGUCUUGGACUUCCAGUCCCUCUACCCCUCUAUCAUCAUAGCGUACAACUAUUGUUAUUCCACAUGCCUGGGCAACACUGACUACCUUGGGAAAGAAGAAGAGUUUAAAUUUGGCUGCACUUCCCAGAGAGUGCCUUCAGACUUGCUUCACCAACUCUGGACUGAUAUCACCAUCUCCCCAAAUGGAGUGGCCUUUGUUAAGCCCUCUGUGCGGAAAGGUGUGUUACCACGAAUGCUGGCUGAGAUACUGAAGACCCGGAUCAUGGUGAAACAGACCAUGAAAGACAACAAGAAGGACAAAGCACUGACAAAGUUGCUCCACGCUCGACAGAUGGGUCUCAAGCUGAUUGCCAACUUCACCUACGGAUACACAGCUGCCAGCUACUCUGGAAGAAUGCCUUGUGUUGAGAUUGGUGACAGCAUUGUUCUCAAGGCCAGAGAAACGUUGGAACGUGCAAUAAAGUUGGUGAACGAGACAAAGAAGUGGGGAGCUCGUGUUGUGUACGGAGACACUGACAGCAUGUUUGUGCUGUUGAAAGGAGCCACCAAGGAGCAAGCUUUUCGCAUCGGGGAAGACAUCGCAGACACAGUGACUGCCACUAAUCCAAAGCCCGUCAAGCUGAAAUUCGAAAAGGUUUAUUUACCAUGUGUCUUACAAUCAAAGAAGAGGUAUGUUGGCUAUAUGUACGAGAGUUUGGACCAGAAAGAUCCUGUCUUUGAUGCCAAGGGAAUUGAGACCGUGCGACGGGACUCCUGCUCUGCUGUAUCCAAGAUUUUGGAGCGCUCGAUAAAGUUGCUGUUUGAAACGAGGGACAUCAGCCAGAUCAAGCAGUACGUUCAGAGGCAGUGCACGAAGGUAUUGGAAGGCAAGGCCAGCAUCCAGGACCUAACCUUCGCCAAAGAGUAUCGGGGCAGUGGAACAUACCGCCCUGGAGCCUGUGUCCCUGCUCUUGAGCUCACCCGGAGAAUGCUGACGUACGACCGGCGCUCGGAGCCGCGGGUGGGCGAGAGGGUGGCCUACGUCAUUGUGUACGGGACGCCGGGCCUGCCCCUCAUUCAGCUGGUGCGCCGGCCCAUCGAGCUGCUCCAGGACCCCAGCCUGAGGUUAAACGCCACCUACUACAUCACCAAGCAGAUCCUGCCGCCUCUCAACAGGGUCUUCUCUCUGAUAGGCGUCGACGUCUUCAGCUGGGGCCACGAGCUGCCCAGGGUGCAGAAGGUGCUGUCUGCAGCUGGCAGUGAAUCGUUGGGUCGCAAGGGGACUAUCUCGCAGUACUUCACCACCCUGCACUGCCCGGUGUGUGACCAGCUCACCCAGCUGGGCGUGUGUGCCAAGUGCCGCAGUGACCCCCAGCAGGUCACCGUCACCCUUCACCACCAGCUCUGCCGCUGGGAACGCAAACAGGCACAACUCCUCAAGAUUUGCAGGAACUGUACGGGCAGCAUGGACAAGCAAGUUCAGUGCCAGUCGUUGGAUUGCCCGGUGCUGUACAAGCUGUUCAGUGUCAGCCGUGACCUGAGCCGAGCCCCCUACCUGCGGCAACUCCUGGAGCAGUUUUAACCGCACUGACUAAUCCACAUUGUACUGUGAGUGAGUGAGUGAUCGAUCGCGGCUGUGAACCCACCCGCUCGCUCGCUGGCUCCCACUGCCAGACCCGAGCCAAACAGCCAACUCGGAGGCUUGUGCUGCAUCAGUUUCGACAGUGGGAUGGACGUCUGCAGCGGUCUGCAUCGCAUCGCUCAUUGGAAGGUCAUUUUUAAAAUAAUGCUGUGAAUCAGUGAAUUUCCACCGAAGAGCAGAUCUUUGAACAGCCCUGUAAAUAACUGUACAGUAGUAAUUUCAUAUCCGGCGAUGUUAAAUGGAAUAUUCAGAUCAGAGUGAUUUACAAAACCGUGGUGCAAAUAUCCUGCUGCGUAUGUUUACAAAUGAUUUUCUACAAUAUAUUGAAGUCUGUGUUGUAUAUUUUUUUGUUUGCCUUUUUGAUAGUUGCUUUCUCCAGUGUGCACAGUAGUGAACUUUGGAGUACAAAUGUAAGCGGUUUGUUAAAGGCAAGGUCAUGUCAAUGUUUCUGCGUGAUUUACUACAAAAAAUAACACAAUCAUGGCUAGACACAAUAUUGGAAACCAUGCUGUGGGGUUGUUGCAAUAUUUUAAUUAUUUAUUUGGAUUGUAUAUUAUGGCACUUGAUAUCUUUUUAAAAAUUUAUAUUGUUUUCAAAGAAAAGUUUAACAUUUUCUCAUUGUGAUGUUUGAUUUGCCAAAAUUUGUAUAAAUGAGGCACUUUUUCCCCCGAUAGUUGUAAAGCUGUAUUGAAAUAUAAAGGGAUUAAUGAUUCUGUUAAUUUUGCAUUUCUGAUUUGUUAUAUUUUACCACUAAUAAUAAUCCUGAACCUUGAAUCUUUUCCUUUUGAUCUACUUUUGUUUAAUAUACUGUUAUUAAUUUUGAAAUCAGAUUAUUAAAAGUUUACCUUGUUUAAAUAU